AUGCAGUUUAAUGGACUGACAAGCCCUCCUGGAGCAUCAGUUCGCUCUAGUGGUCCUCAUGCAGUUGAACUAGACAGCAGUGUGUUUCUUGAUCUGCCCUUAGAUGGCAGUGGUAAUGACAAUGUGGCCCACAAUGCUCCACAACCACAGUUGUUGCCUGUUGGCCGCCUCAAAUGUGGCAUGUGGGCAUCAUUUGCUCUGGCUACAGUCUUUGUGGCGGGAGCAAAAUUCUACUUUGAUCAUCAGGGUACUGGAUUGGAGGUGCUGGUUUUCUGUGCCCUCCUGAUUGUCUUUCUACUGGCUGCCUGCACUGUCUCGCUUUGCCGUUCCAAGGCAACCCGUGACCUCCUGGCUGCUGCAGUAACAUCCCAAGCACCACAUUCUACAGUAUCAUCACAACAGGGGCAAGGCCACAGUACUGACCAGUUAGAAGUUGUCUCCACUGAAGACAUAGGGCUCAACCAAAUCAUUAAUCAACCAAAUCCUCUAAUUUUUAGUCCUGUGGCUGGUCCACCACAAUCUCCAGUUACAGCUCCAGAACCACCACCUCCUCCAUAUCAUAUUGCAAUCCUUCUGCCACAACAGACACAUUCUAACAAUCAGACAAUGCAAGCUAAUGAAGAGUCACCUCCACCAUCAUAUGACAAAGUUGUCUCAUAAUAUGUCAAUGUCAAAAUUAUGAACUUUAUAAAGUCUAUAUUAAUUUUCUAUAAAGUUGUGAAAUUUUGGUGAAGUGUUUUUCAAACUAUAAGGUGCUGGAAACAGAAAAAUGUUGACUUAGCAGAAAUGCAGAACUUACUUAUAAAUUACAUGGUGGUUAUCAGUUUCCUCCUUUUUGUCUUUUUACUGGCUGCCUGCAUUCUCUCGCGUUGUCAUUCCAAGGUAAACCGAGGUCAUAUUCUUCUAGCUACUUCAAUAACAUCCCAAGCAUCACAUUCUGCAGCUACAUCACAACGAGGGCAAUGUCACAGUAAUGAUCAAUUAGUAGUGGUCUCCACUGAAGAUAUAGGGCUCAACCAAUUCAUCAAUCAACCAAAUCCUCUCUUUUUUUACUCUAUGGCUGUUCCACCACAAUCUCCAGUUACAGCUCUAGAUCCUCCUCCAUACCAUACUGCAAUCCUUAUGCCACAACAGACACACCCAAACCAUCUGUCAAUGCAAGGAAAUGAAGAGUCACCUCCACCAUCAUAUGAUAAAGUUGUCUCAUAAUAUGUCAAUGUAAAAUUAGUUGUUUCAAUGACUAUGAACUUUAUAAUGUUGAUAUUAAUUUUCUAUAAAGCUGUGAAAUUUUGGUGAAGUGUUUGUUGAACAAUACGGUGCUGGAAAGAUAUUGACUUAGCAGAAACUCAUGUGCCAUAAAUAAUAUAUAUUGAAGAUAUUGAUCUUACAUGAAAGUGAAACUAGAGACUGUAAAUGAAAAGGUCAUUAGCCAUGCUAAAGUGGACAUGAAGGACACUGUUCUUCAAUAUGCAUAAAACUAAUGCUAGCUUCAUUGUUCCAUAGACUGAUAUAUUUAAAUAUAUUAAAAAAAUCAAAAGUGACAUUAAAUGUUUUACCAUUGUUUUAAUUGGUAAAUUACAUCUUUGGUCAAAACAACAUGGACACAGAGAUCAGAAGCUUUUGCAUUGGAUUCCCAAAUCAUGCACAAAUUUUCAUUGCCUUUCAGAUCUGUCGAUAAUUGAUGAAGAAAAUAUAAUCAAACAAUUUUAAAUUUGAAACUUGAAUAACAUGCUUUUUCAUGUACUUUUUAUAAAAUAUUUAUGUAUUAUAUGUAAUUUUUUGUAUGGAAAUUUAAUUUAGGACACAAAUUACAUUACUUCAAUCUGCUUUUUAAUAUUAUGCUAGUUUAAGAAAAAUUAUUACAUAGAACAUAAUACAAUUUUUCAGUAUUAAAAUGCAUUAAUUAAUUCUUACAUAAAAAAUUCACAAGACCAGUAGUACAAAACUGAAUAUUGUGGAAUUAUUAAUUGUUGCAAUGAGUAGAGUAAAUAAUAACUUCAGAAAUUUUAAAAAUGUUUAUCCACUUUUUAAUGUUUUGGUGUCCUCUGAGACAUUGAGCUGUUUUGUCCAGUUUUGUAAAAUUGUGUAAAUAUAGUACAGAAAUGUAUUGAAACAACAAUGAAUCAUCUUGCAGAAUUUCACUAAUCAUACACAAUUAGGUAAAUAUUCACUCACAAAUUCAAACUCAAAAUAUUUUAUUGGUUGAAAAAGUAUCUGCUUUUUUGACAUGUCUCUUUACGUUUUAUGUUGCAUGAAAUGUCCAAAAAUGUGUCUUAAGUCUCUCUGUUCCCCUACCCACCCACUUCCAUGUUUAACAGUUUUAUUUCUGGUUUCUUUACAAAUAUAAAACAGUUUUUCAUUAUCAGCAAAUUGAUAUUUUAUUAUUUAUUAAAUAAUACAAAAUAAUUUGCCAAUACAGCAAGAACUACAUUACAAAUAGUUGAGAACUUAAACUGAAAUUAAUUAUAAAUAUAUUAACUGACAUAUGUAUGUAACAACAGUUUUUUUAGUUCUGCACAAAGUUUAAGAUCAGAAUUUGGGAAAGAUUCCCACAUAAUUAACAAAUAUUCAGAGGCUUAGACAAAGAUCAGUCCAAACAAAAAUAAAGGCAGUAAUUAAAUAUAAUCAUUCAUUAAAUAAACUCAUAAGUUUCUAACUUAAAAUAAUUGACAGUAGAUAAUAACUACUGUAUGACUGCUACCUUAGAACUACAGCUAAAUAAAUUUUGAUGUAUGAAAAUAUGAUUUAUGAAAUGUUCAUGAGCAUUAAUGAUAAAAAGAUAUCCUUGAAAUUUGUAUUUUUUAAUGCUUUUUCUGAAAGAUUUGUCAUUUUUGUCUUAAAAUUUUAGUCACUCAAAACAUGAAGUGGGAAGCAAGACAUGAUAAUAUUACAUUUUAGGGGAAAAAAAAAAAAAAUAGAUGACUGAAUGGUUUCUUAUCCUGUUUUUAUUUGAUAUUUCAAAAUUUCACACACGAUACUAAUUUACUGUGAUAAAAAGAAUGUGUUGGAUACAUUCUUUCUAUCAUCCUCAUAAUACUUUCAAAAUGUAUUACACAGUUCAUAAUUAUAUGUAAUAACAAAUGAGUCAAGAACUUAAUGUCCCAAACUGGGAAACAACUCCAUGGCUGAGAAAGCAAAUCAUCCAUUAACAUAUUUAUUAUUAUACAUUAAUAUAUUAUUGAAAUAAGUUUGAGUGACAUUUUUUUGGUUAGACAAUACUCUUUAUUAAAUUUCUCAUUUACAAUAUGAAGAAAACAUUAAAAGGAGGUUGGUUGAAAUAUGAAUUUUUUAUAUUACCUCACGUUUUGCUCUUUCUUUAUUUUUGUAUUACAAAUAGUGUUUAGUUGAAGUUGGAUUUCUCUUGAAAAUGUUAAUGUUAUAGUUUGUUUUUUAUAUUACUUUCUUUCACUAUACACAUGCUUUCCUCAAAGACAAUGCAGGAGACAAUGCUGAUAUUAAAUAGACUAAUCUGUGUUCAUUUUGUCUACAUGACUGAAAGAUCAAUGUUACUUUGUAAGAAGGUAUUAACUUUGAUAUCUGCCAUAUACCAUGAUCAAUUUGGAUGCUUCCAAUUGAAAGGAAAAGUUAUAAUUUUUGAUGUUUAAAUGAAAUAAAACAUAAAAAGUGCUGUCUGUUCAGUUUGCAUGUAACAAUAAAGGAAAAUGAAAAAAAUAUUUUGUUAGUACCUACAACUUAUGUUACCUUUAUAAAGAAAUAUUAUCUUUGAAUGAAAGUGAUGGAUGGAUAACUGUUUCAUUCAAGCCUUGCAUAAAUGUUUACAGAUAGAUGCUUAUAUAAUUAUGUUAUAUGGCAAAUGUCUAUAUUCAGAAUAUCUGCCAAAUAAUCUUUAUCAUAUUAUUGCAGUGGAAUGUGCACAUUUAUAUACUACUCAUGUACACAAUAUAAGAAAGAAUUAAAAAUUCAACAUCUGACCAUAAACCUAAAACAAAAAAAAAUUAAAAUAUUGCAUAAAUAAUACUAAGUAGAAUGCUUGUGUUUUAAUUACCUUUCUUCCUAAACUUAUAGGUAUAUCAAACAGACUUAUUUUCUUGAUUGUUUUGAUCUCACAGAGGCAGAUCCAGGUAGACAAACACCCUUUUCCACUGGGGCACUCAUCAAAGUUUAACUUCUAGGCCUGCGUAGAAAUAUAAAUUCUCUGGAGAUAUUGUUUGUCAACAGAAAUUAAUUUUGUCUUCAAACCAAUAUCUGAUAAUAUAAUUCUUAACAUUCACUUCAUACGAGUUUGUAACACUAUUGAUUCAAAUACGAUAGAGUUAUAAUACAUAUUAAACGUUCAAGAAAUUAUAAUCACAUUGUAUUUCAUAUUUAAACCAAUAUUAAAAUAUUAACUUUAAUCAGUAUUUGUUCUGGAAUUGUACACAAAAUUUCUAGAUCUGUCUCUGUAAAAUAUUCUAGAAUUACAUUUAUAUGGUUUCAGUUUGAAAAUGAUGCUAGAAUAGUUUGGUUUUCUUUUAUACUUCAGUCACAUAUUACUUCGGGGAUGGUUAAUCAAGUGUUGACAUUCUGUAGAUACCUUCUUAAUUAAUCUAUAUUCCGGUUUCAAUGGUUCCUCAUCAAAUUUUAUUUUUUUGUUUCUUGUUAAAUUAUUAAUUUGCAAGUUAAUAAAAAAAUAGAUCAAACUUAAAACUAAAAUAAAUUAUCUGAAUUAUAAAAUAAUGCUUUAAUAUUUUUAAGAAUUUUGAUAAGUAACUGUUAUAAAAAAAAUGCUUUAAAAUGUACAUUCAUGAAAUCGAGCAUGUGUAGCAGUUUUCUAAAGAAACUAAAAAAUACAGAAUAUAUUAAUGAAAAGUAUUUGAUAAUAUGUUAGUAUCUUAAAAUAUUUAUAUAGAAUAUGUUUAUUUAUAAUUUGUAUACAUAAGGACAGAACAUAAAGAAAAAAACAUUAUUAUAUUUACUAAUAUUGCUUCCAUAUCAUUCAAACCAUCCCAACAUUAAUGCAAUAAAAUUUAAGCUGAUUAGAACACAAAAUAAAUUAAAUUUCAAUCAUUCUUGAACAUUAAACAAAGAUAUUUUUGUUUCAAAAUGUUAUUUGUGGUUUCAAAGGUAGAGCAAAAAAAACAACUUUCCUUUAAAACCUUUUUGAUCUACGACUAAAAACAAAAAUGAACUACGACUGAAAAUGGGAUAUUAGAAAAACCAAUAAAACCACAAUUUUUAAAAAUUGUCAGAGCAAGCUAAGUUUUCCAAAGUUUUUUAAAAGUAAAAAAUGCCUACAGACAUAUUUUUUUAGCAAGUGGGAGACAAUUUGUUUCCGUAAUAAUGUACUAUUUUUGACAACAAAAUUCAGAUUUCAUUUUAAAUGAAACAAAAUUGCAACAAAAUCAAAUUUUGUUAAUAAGGCAUACAUGUCUAUAAAAACAUGUUCUAUUGUUAUAAUGAAUCAUGUCUCAAAAUAUGUAUCUAGUGUUCUAUAAACUUUUGAUUGGUCAUAUUAAAUAAAUUUAUUUUUGAUUGCUUCCUACACAUCGUGUUGAACAUUUAAUUCCUAUUAACAAACAUUUCUUUUCUUUGAGAAAUAUUCCUUUUGGUGAGAAUU